AUGUUGGAUAAUUUCAGUGAAACAAAAUCAACAAUGCAGUCUGAUGACAUAGAGCAGGUGAUGAAUGAAGAGUUAGGAUUACAUAUAACCAAUGAGAUGACUUACAAAGAAGAAAAAGAAAUGUGCUCAUCAAAAAUCAAAGUAGAACCCACUAUUGAAGAUUCAAAUUCUUAUUCAGAUGAUGGCAUUCAGUUCCGAGGCAUCAACUUGGAAGAUGAUAUAGAGAAGGUAGAAGAAACUAGUGAAUCCUCUGAGGAGAUCGAUGAUUUAGAUAAACCCGAUCUAGUCAAGUUGAGUGAUGCACUACCUACUAUCAAUAGCAUUCCAAUGCAAUCGCCUGACGAAUCGAUCAAAAGCUGGUUACAAAGGGUAACGGAUAUGCAAAAUGAAAUGCAAAAGAAGUAUUGUAGUAUACCUGGCCCCCAACUACAUUCACGGAUGAAUAGCUCACCUAUACCAACAGUUAUGAACAACUCUCAGCCUAUCCCUAGUUCAACUCCAAGCAGGGUAGUCAAGUAUCAGGAUCUACCUUACAUGGGUGAGAUGACUUUGGACAACUCGAAACCACGAAGAGGUAGGAAGCCCAAGAAAGCUGAUAUUUGCCAUCUCAUUUACAAGAACUAUGGCACUAUCUUCCCUGGGACUCCAAAUCCUGGUAAUUAUCUUGAGAAAGAUAGCCCCUUCCUGAAGAAAUCAAUGCUAGAAGGCAAAGACUUGGACCCGAACAGAAAUGAUGUUCAGAAUAAAAUAAUAUCUAGCUUACUGGAAAAAAGACUGACACAGGAAUACAGUAGGGUUAAGGAAGCAAAAGAAGCUCCAGUAAAGCAUAAAAAAGAUCAAAAUGAACCUUUGAAUCUCUGUAUCAGAGACCUCAACCACUUGAAAAUAAGGCUAUUGAAAAAAGACAACAUAUACUCCUCGCACCUAAAGUCAGAGCAGCAGUCAGACGAUGACUCAGAAGUUGCCAAAGAUACUCCAAGUCCAAGUAGUACGAAAACUGAGAUGAAAUUCACAUCUGAAGACAUACCAUCUACGAGUCCUGGCCCCUUGAAAAGUCCAGAAGGUGCCACAGGGCCAGGAGGUUUCGUCUAUUGGCCCAACGCAGGGGUUUUCAUUCAUCCAGCAGCUCUGCAACAACAGUUAAUGAUGUAUCAGAAGAUGACUGGUGGAAAUAGUUAUGUCUUGCCAAAUACUCAGAGUCCAAAACAACCUCCAGGGGAUAACUCUGGUGGAGGGUCAAAGUCUGAACAUGCAGCAGCUGAACUGAGGAAGUUGGUGCCAAAAAGUAUCAAGCCGAAGCCUAGCAGCCCAAAAGUGACUAAUGAAGAGACUGAUUGCCAAUCACCAGGGCUAGAAAUAAAGAGAAGAGGUGCAUCUUCUUCUGAGAGUCACAGGCAGCCAACAAAGAGAAAACGGUCUGCUAUAUUCAUUCCACCAAUACCAACUGAGAAUAAUACCAAUCCUGCUACCGAAGUCAGUAUUUGCAAGUUCAAGUUCACAGGGGGAGCUAAGCCUAGUUUGCAGGAGAAGAAAAUGCUGUCGGUGGAUUCAGGAGGAAAUUUCAGGUAUUAUAGUGGCACUGGAGACAAAUCCAUGAGAGGCUAUGAGUUCUUCCCGAGAGAAACUCUUCAACAACAGAUCAACAAUGCUCACGGCUCUUCUACAGGUGCCUUUCUUCAAGCCAGCGGUGAGAAAAUCUACCCCACUCCACCACCUGUCGACUUCACAGGGUCGAAAACCAGCUCUGAAUUCCUGCUGAGCCCUGAACUACCUGCAGUAUCAUUCCCAACGGCGCAUUCUUCAGGACACCAAGACCAUCCUCACAGGCUGAAGAAAAGAAAAUCGAGAAAAAGCCUUCAGCGAGAAAAGUUAGAACAGACUUUCAAGGAAAAAGGGUUCCUUAUCCAGACCCAGCAGACUGAGAGUGCAGAAGGAGCAACGUACUGUAAGUUCAGACAGCUCAGGAAAUUCACAAGGUACCUGUUUAGGUCUUGGAAAGACUAUUUACCUGGGAAUAUAGCUGAAGGUGAACAACCUAGACCUGAUGGUGAGGGCAACAGUGAACUGACAUUGAAUGAACUAUCUAGAGACAAUAUUGACAAUUCUUCCGUUCACUCCAGUGAAGUGUCUGUACCUACUCCUCAGUGA